UCUCGAAGUCUGGGUCGGGUGGGCGACACACCUGGCGCCGGACGGGCCGAGGGGCGUGAGAAACUCGCGUGAGCUCUAGGAGACGGGAAACGCGGCUAUCCGCAGGUGGGAUGGCGGGACCGGAACUGCUGCUGGACUCCAACAUCCGCCUCUGGGUGGUCCUGCCCAUCGUUAUCAUCACUUUCUUCGUGGGCAUGAUCCGCCACUACGUGUCCAUCCUGCUGCAGAGCGACAAGAAGCUGACCCAAGAGCAGGUGUCCGACAGUCAAGUCCUCAUUCGAAGCCGAGUCCUCAGGGAAAAUGGAAAAUACAUUCCCAAACAGUCAUUCUUGACACGGAAAUAUUACUUCAACAACCCAGAGGAUGGAUUUUUCAAGAAAACCAAGAGGAAGGUGGUAGCCCCGUCUCCAAUGACUGAUCCCACCAUGCUCACUGACAUGAUGAAGGGCAACAUUACAAACGUGCUCCCCAUGAUCCUCAUCGGUGGCUGGAUCAACAUGACGUUUUCAGGCUUUGUCACAACUAAGGUCCCGUUCCCGCUGACCCUGCGCUUCAAGCCUAUGCUGCAGCAAGGGAUCGAGCUGCUCACCUUAGAUGCUUCCUGGGUGAGUUCUGCAUCCUGGUACUUCCUUAACGUGUUUGGGCUUCGGAGCAUUUACUCUCUGAUUCUGGGCCAGGAUAAUGCCGCGGACCAGUCACGGAUGAUGCAAGAGCAGAUGACCGGAGCAGCCAUGGCCAUGCCCACAGAUACCAACAAAGCUUUUAAGACAGAGUGGGAAGCCCUGGAGCUGACCGAUCACCAGUGGGCACUGGAUGACGUGGAAGAGGAGCUCAUGGCCAGAGACCUGCACUUCGAAGGCAUGUUCAAAAGGGAGUUACAGACCUCCAUCUUUUAAGACAAAGAAGGGACUUCCUGUGUCUGGAGCUUGGGACAGCGCUUACCCUUGUAACUGAUCAGAGUGCAAGCCUCAGAAUAAAGAGGAAGAUGCCAGGGCUGGCGGGCGUGC